GGCGUCGUUAUAGAAAAAUAUCAUUUAAUCUCGCUUUAGUCCGUGUCUUCACAGCAUAGGAUCCUCCACAGAUCAUUUAGUGAAACGAUCUAACGCUGUUUUCUGCCCUCGUCUUCUGCUUAAAGUAAUAAACAGGUAGUCGGUGGAGCUGGCACAAUGGGGAUCACUAAACUGGCAGAAUUAAUACGCUCAGAUGCUCCUGAUGCUGUUUCUUACAAGGAAAUCGGUGACUACACAGGAAAAGUAAUCGCACUGGACACCUCUAUUGUUGUGAACCAGUUCCGUGCAGCAACGCCUUUACUGAGUCCCCUGACAGGCCUCUUUUUUCGCACGCUCACCUUCUUGGAACAUGACAUAAAACCAGUCUUUGUGUUUGAUGGAAAGCCUCCCAGGGAAAAGACACCAGCUCUGAAGAAGCGAGCUGCGGCAGCUGGUUGGAAUUCUUUCAACCGAACAGGAAUAGCAUCGUCCCAGACCAGAGAUUGUCUUCAGCUAUUGAAGCAUCUGGGCGUUCCUGUCAUCCAGGCUCCAGGGGACGCUGAGGCGCUGUGUGCACACCUGGUGAGAGAGGGGACUGUGGACGCUGUGGCAUCAGAGGACAUGGACACGCUGCCGUUUGGAGCCAGUGCUGUUAUUCGGCAGCUGAAUGCCAAAAGGGACAGCGAAGUCACUGAAUAUUCUUUACCCAAGUUGUUAGAGAAACUCCAAAUUAAUCAGGAGGAGUUUGUUGACCUGUGUAUUUUGCUGGGCUGCGACUACUGUGAGAAGAUACAUGGUCUGGGUCCUAAGAAAGCUCUGAAACUGAUCCAGAAGCACCGCACUAUUGAAAAUGUGGUUUUACACAUCAACAGAGAGACCCAUCCUGUACCUGAUCUUUGGAAGUACAAAGAAGCAAGAAAGAUAUUCUUGGACGGACCACAAACCCCGACUCCUGAGCUCAUCUGGACUGAACCAGAUGAAGAAGCGGUGGUUGAGUUCCUCUGUCACACCAAACGCGUCAAGGAGGAGAGGAUCCGUAAUCGAAUGAAGACAUUCCGUACGUUGCGGGAAAACAGGCGGGAGGAGAGGGAAAACGAGAAGACAGCAGGACGUAGUAAACAGACUUGCAUGAAGGACUUCUUUAGAGUGACCAGGAAAAGAGAACAGACUAUGGAAACUGCAGACUCUUUAAGUGUCAACAAAAAGAGGCCAAAGUCAAAAUAACCCUGACACCAUUUCUGCCUCAUUCAACAAAAGAAGGGAGUUGUUUUUAUCGGGGUCGACCAAAAUGUUGUUGUUUUUUUCAGGACCAAUACAGAUUGUUAGUAAUCAAGGAGACUGAUAACAGAUAUUUGUAAACAAUGUGCAUAAUGAGUAAAAUUAUUAUAGAGAAAGAAUUGGUUAAAAACACAUAUACAAUUUUGUAUAUGGUUAUGAAUUAACAUCUGGAUUUUAUCUGCCUUACAGUCUAAGUAUUUCAAAACAUCAUGUACCAGUUUAUCUGUUCAAUUUGUGAUUCCAGUCUUGGAUCUGUGCCAUAAAGCUGUUUUUACGACGCCAUUAUGCAACACUCUUGUGCUAAAAGUCUAGACUUUUUGCCUGUCUUUUGACUGAAUGAUUUUCCAGUCAUUUUAUUUUCUCUUCUGCACGAUUAAGAAUGUAGAAAUUUCUGCAUUUUCAUCUGCUUUACACGUUGGAUAAUGGUUUUACAGUUGCAGAACACUGAUAUUCAUCAAGUUCCUUUUAGUUUUUCACUCAAGAAACCCAGACAGGCAUCUUUAAAACACUGAUUUCAAGUCUUUGUCCAUAGAUAUGAGCGACAAUACUAUAAUCUUGUCUGAACAGUUUGGUGCGCAACAAUGCAAAUCACUGAGCGCUUCUUCAGUGCAUCCAGCAGUUUCCUGAAAAGAGAAGCAGAGCAGGAGGUGGAUGGCCAUGAAAGAGAACAGUGUGACCAGUGUCUGGGAGGCCAAAACUGGAGACAGGGGACGUCUCAUUGCUAGAUAUUCAAUGAGCACCUGCUGUGCAAAGACUGCCAAGGCUGAAACCAAAGACUUGAAUUUAAAACAUGCACAGAAGUGGAGUAAUGUCUUUUAAGAGAUGCAAGAUGUUUAAAUCCAUAUCUGAAAUGUUACUUUAUUUUGAAGAAAAAAAUGUAAAUGCAUUAUAUACAUUGUAUGUUCUGCUUUUCGAUGUAUAAUGAUGUUUUUCUUUUUUAAUUAAAAUAGUGUUUGGGUGUAUGUGA